GGUUAGGUUGGUAAUAAUUGAUAAAAGCCGAAGCGUUGUAUUUUGAAUGCUAUUUAUCGAUUUAUUUAGAUAAUUAAUACCAUAUGAAGGUAUAAAAAGUGAUUAGUUUAAUUCAAAUCAAGCAUGGAUAUCAGACCGAAUAAUACGAUUUAUAUCAAUAAUCUCAAUGAAAAAAUCAAAAAAGAAGAGCUUAAAAAGUCUCUUUUUGCUAUAUUUUCCCAAUUUGGCCAAAUUCUAGAUAUAGUUGCUUUUAAAACCCUUAAAAUGCGAGGUCAAGCUUUCGUGAUAUUCAAGGAGAUUCAAAGCUCUACAAAUGCUUUAAGAUCAAUGCAAGGAUUCCCCUUUUACGAUAAGCCAAUGAGAAUACAAUACAGCAAAACUGAUUCUGAUAUAAUAGCAAAGAUGAAAGGUACAUAUUCAGAACGACCUAAAAAAAUACGUCCACCUCCAACUAAAGAAGAUGAUGCUCCUAAAAAGAAGAAGAAGAAUAAAGACCCUAACAGGAUACCUGGAGGAAAUAAUGCUGAACAACCUCCAAAUCAAAUUCUUUUCUUAACAAAUCUCCCUGAUGAGACAAGUGAAAUGAUGUUAUCGAUGCUUUUUAAUCAAUUCCCUGGAUUUAAAGAAGUUAGGUUAGUUCCAAAUCGUCAUGAUAUUGCUUUUGUGGAGUUUGAAAAUGAACUUCAGUCUGGUGCAGCAAAGGAUGCACUUCAGGGAUUCAAAAUAACACCUACACAUGCCAUGAAGAUAUCUUUUGCAAAGAAAUAGAUUUAAUGUGAAUGUAUUUUUUUUUUUUUCAUCUAAUUGGUAAUAAUUUAAGGUCUAAUUAUGUAGCUCACGAUUUUUUUAAUUGAUUUUCAAUUAAACUACUUUAAUUUCCUUGUC